GGGUCUCAGUCGUCACGCAUUGACAAGCGUGCUCGCGAUGAGCACAAUGAACAGGAAAGAAGCCGUCGAAGAGAGCUUGCUGUCAUCUACGAACUUAUUCGCUGCAGUUUCUCCCAAGAGGACCUGCGUCAUCUGGGUCCCGGUAACGCGCCAAAGUCAAUUGAUAAGUUGUCCUAUCCGCAAGUCUUGCAGAUUGCUUACCACGUUGUACGUGAGGAGAACCAUAAUCUACAGCUAUUUGAGCGAACUUUGGCUGAAAUAAAGAGGAUCGAGAAAGAAUUUUUGCGCGUCGGACUCCCUGUACCAGCUCGCCCUGCAUUCCCUUCAAUCACAGAAACGUACCGCAAAGUGGUCAACAUAGUUGACAACCUUCUAAAGCAUGACAAAGCAGCACGUUCAAUUGACGGCAGUUAUGAAACCACACCAGCUCAACGCGCGGCACUAGGAGACUAUCAGCUGGCUUUCUUGCGACCAAAGAACUACCACGACAGUCUGUCCAGUCCGCCUCCUUAUAGCCCUUACGCCCCUCCUUCAAUCCCACAGUCACGGUCAAACCGGAGUUACAACUCUGUCUCCACCCGCCAUUCGUUGCCGCCGGUAUCGUCUCGUCCAGUUGAAUCACAGUCCAUGUUUGUGACCCCUCCUGUCAGCUCCACUCAAACAGCCCCGUCAAAAACAACGGUUCUCCCGCGCAUCGGGACGGUCUUCAAAAAUGACUACGAUAUCACUCCUUGCCUACCCACUCCUGAUGACGACGUAAUUUCAUCUCGCACUAUGCAACAUUCAUCAUCUACUGCGUCAAUGGAAUAUAUUGAUGAGUUGGAUCUCCCCCCAGUCGCCGACUCCCUUUCUGUAGAGGAGGAUCUUUGCUUUUUUGACCAACCUGUCCACCAUAAUACAUUUUCUCCGGACGAUGCCCCCAUAUUCCCAGAAAUUCCCAUGUAG